AGACUAAAAAGGAAGAAUUGUCUUCAAACAAAGCAUCCCACAAUUUCAUCCGAUGGAUAAGUUACGCUAUAAUUUUUUUGGGAUAUGCGUAGACUAAUUUUCAUUGUAGCGCUUCUUUUUAUUUUUCUCUGUGAUGAGCGCUAAGCGUUCGGUCACGGUGGUAAUCAGGAAGGCUUAUAGGGAAAGAGGGAUGAAGAAAGAGAAUAGUGUUUAUUAACGUUUGACUUGGAAAUGGACAGUGAGAAGUCGAUCAAGGUUGUUCUAAAUGUGGGCAGUACGUAACAGUAAAUAACAAACGAGUCGCGGUAGUGUGUUGUGCGAAAUUCAAGUAACUCCAGUAGGAGUGAAUGUCAAGGUUCAGAAAGACUUGCCGUCCUGUUGGAGGAUUUAAUUGGUGGGCAUAUCUCUUCUAUCUCCUGUAUGCGGUCGAGAGGCUUCAAGCAAAGUUUGGAGGGUCCCGUCGACACAUACGAGGAGAUAAAUCGUGGAAUUUGAAAGGGUUAAAAUGUACUAACGAAUCUUUGGCAGCAUGCGCCUUGGAAAGGGAUACCUUACUGCUUUACUUUCUUUAUUUAUAAGAAAUUACAUAACUGACUAACACUUAGCAAUCAAUUGUAGAAUUGUAGUUAAUAUAAUAUCUCCAAUUGUAAUACUACUUUUGUUUAGAUACUGACAUGGAUGCUGCAUCCACCAGUAGUUAUCAAGCCUGCCAAAAUAUUUGUUCACCAUACACAUCUGCUAUAGGCAGCGAACGUGAUGAUCUUAAUGCCAAAGAUGAUGACAUGACCUUUUGCAUGUCUAACUAUGCUAAGGAAGCAUUAAAAAUGAUGUUCAUGAUGCGUUCACAUAAUAUGCUUACCGAUGUAAUACUUGAAGUUAAACAUGAACUUUUUCCCGCCCAUAAAGUUGUCCUCUCAGCAGCCUCACCGUACUUUAAAGCAAUGUUCACGGGAGGUCUCAAGGAAUCGGAAAUGUCACGUAUAAAAUUACAAGGGGUAUGUCCCACUGCCAUGGGCCGUAUUAUAUAUUUUAUGUAUACUGGUCAUAUACGAGUAACCGAAGUUACAGUCUGUCAAUUAUUGCCGGCUGCGACAAUGUUCCAAGUUCCAAAUGUGAUAGAUGCAUGUUGCGCAUUCCUUGAAAGGCAAUUAGAUCCUACAAAUGCUAUUGGUAUAGCGAAUUUUGCCGAACAACAUGGCUGCAUUGAAUUGCAUAGAAAGGCGAAUCAUUUUAUUGAACGUCACUUCACUCAGGUAUGUCAAGAGGAGGAAUUCUUACAAUUAUCAGCGUAUCAAUUAAUAGCAUUAAUACGUCGCGACGAACUUAAUGUGCAGGGUGAACGAGAAGUAUAUAAUGCCGUCUUAAAAUGGGUUAAAUACGAUGAGGAAAAUCGUUAUCCCAAAAUGGAGCAUAUACUCUUCUCGGUACGUUGUCAAUUUCUGACUCCGACUUUUCUCCGCGAACAAAUGAAAAACUGUGAUGUGUUGAGAAAAGUGCCGGCCUGCCGUGAAUAUUUAGCGAAAAUAUUCAAAGAUUUAACGCUGCAUAAAAGGCCAAUCGUGAAGGAACGUAAUCCGAAUACAACACGUAUGAUAUUUGUGGCAGGAGGUUUCUAUCGCCAGUCUUUGGACAUAUUGGAAGCAUAUAAUGUCGAUGACAAGACGUGGACAUCUCUGCCAAAUUUGCGUAUACCACGCUCAGGCUUAGGAGCUGCUUUUCUUAAAGGUGUCUUCUAUGCUGUGGGCGGCAGAAAUAAUUCCCUGGGAACGACUUACGAUUCGGAUUGGGUCGAUCGUUAUAAUGCAUUGACUGAACAAUGGAGACCGUGUGCACCGAUGUCCGUGCCACGACAUCGUGUCGGUGUGGCGGUAAUGGACGAAUUAAUGUAUGCUGUUGGCGGUUCGGCCGGCUCGGAAUAUCACAACACUGUAGAAUAUUUUGAUCCAGAAAUUGAUCGUUGGUUUUUAGUGCAGCCGAUGCAAGCCAAGCGUCUCGGUGUAGGUGUAGUGGUUGUAAAUCGCUUACUCUACGCUAUCGGUGGUUUCGAUGGGACUGAACGUUUAGCGUCCGUAGAAUGCUACCAUCCUGAAAACAACGAAUGGAAUUUCGUGCCGUCCAUGUCUUGUGGCCGUAGUGGUGCCGGCGUGGCAGCUAUUCAUCAAUAUAUUUAUGUUGUUGGCGGCUUUGAUGGUUCACGACAAUUAUCUUUAGUGGAACGUUAUGACACAGAGAACCAAAUAUGGGAUCAAGUGGCACCAAUUAAAAUCGCACGCAGUGCUUUAUCUUUAACUUCAUUGGAUGGUAAACUUUAUGCGAUAGGUGGAUUUGAUGGCUCCAAUUUCUUGACCAUUGUCGAAGUGUACAAUCCAAAAACAAAUUUGUGGGAGGAAGGCACACCCCUAAGCUCAGGACGAUCAGGUCAUGCGUCAGCGGUCAUUUAUCAACCAUCCUGUGUUGCAAGUUUCAUGGAUUGCUUUGAAAAAGAAAAUUCGAAUCGGGAAACCAAUUUCGACAGUUUCCCCGAGAACGAUAAUAGCACAAAUAAUUCUCCCAGCGAGAGCAGCAAUCGAACUGGCGAAGCCAAUAGCAAUUCUCAAGGUCAAUUUCAUUCAUCCUACAACAGUGCAGGAUGUAGAAAUUGCGAAAUAACUCAAAAUCAAAGUCCAGAAAAUGACGCAAUUAAUAUUGAAGAAGACUUAAAAAUGCAUUUUAAAAGGAAACAUAAAUGUUGCCUUUUAAAAUUUUUACAAUCGUAUUGCAAAAAUGAUAAAUUCAAACAGUUUUCUGAUCAUACACUAUUCACAUCAUUUGCUAUAAAUGUUUUAAUGCUUUAUUUAGAUAAACAAGUUUGUCCUUUUUUGAAAAGAUCGAAAGCAAAAUGUUUAUUAAAAAUGUUUAAUGAGAAUCAUGCAAAAAAGCCGAUGAAAAAUUUAAAAUAUUAUGAUACUUAGCUUCAAUAAGAUAAGAUAAGAAAUAUUUUGUUAAUGUUUUUUUAUUUUUAAUUAUAUAGCUGAUGAUAAUUCCCCCCAAGUAUUUUCAUAAUUCAAUAGUCAUUAUCAUUAUUAAUAAUUGUAAUCCUUGUAGCUUAGACUAUAUUCGAGUAGACUUAGUCUACGUAGACUUAAGAGUAGAUUUUUCAAUAAGAUAAUUGUGACCGCUUUAUAGAAAGCAUUUUCAUUCCAUGAACGUAUUUGUUUUACUCUUUCCCACCCAACGUAACACUCCGUAUUCCUUUCCCACGUCACUACUGUCUACCAUGUGGCGUUUAAGAAAUUUCCUCUUGUUUUUUAAAUUUUUUUUGCAUAUUAUGAAAACACAACCAAAAAAUUCUUUAAUCUUAACGACAAUAGUUAAGUGUUCUU